UGUCUUCGCAAAAGGAUACCCACAAUAGGGGAGACAUUAACUUUGUGCUUAUGUCAGGAGCCGGAAUGCCUUCAACAGUUCAAAAUUCGAAUAAUAAUAACAAUAACAACAACAAUAGCAAUAACAUAAAUGCAAAUAUAAGUACAUCGUCGUCGUCGUCGGGCCUUAUGAAUAACAACAGUAGCGUCCAUCAUGAACAACCCCAAACUAAACGACAGAAAAUUGAAAAAAUCAAAUCACCAUCCACAACAGUUGCAAGUUCAACACCAGUUUCAAAUGUGUCCACUCCAGCUAUGCCAUGUCCUCCGGAUAUAAUUUACAGCAGUGAAAAAAUUCCUUUGUGUUCCUCACUGUCGUCUUCGGUCAAUUCAAUAUCCACACAAGAUUCAUCGUCCAGUAGUUCACCGUCAUCCACACCGUGUAGUUCAAGAGCAUCGUCCCUAACACAGCUGUUAAAUGUUCAAAACCUCGUCGCCAGCAUUUUGCCCUCAUCCAAAGACGAUUCAUCUGUACGCAGUGAUCUUAACAUGGUUGCAAGUGCCUCGAGUGGUUGUAGUAGCAGUAGUGUGUGUAGUUCCAGUGACCAUUCGGCUGAUGAGGUCGAUCGUGUUACCCUGCCUGAUUUGUUGUCAUUGUCUUCGACAAUGGCUGCCAGCAGUUCCGCCGCCAGCAGCAAUAGCAAAUUACUAAUAAACACAUUAACAUCGUCCUGCCACACUGUACCAAAUGCUAACCCCACUGUAGCGUCGUUAACGGCGAGGACACAACGGUUGGAUGAAAUUACCGCUUCCCAGGAUAUGCGGGAAUUCGAAGAAUCAUUAAAUAGACAGUGCCUGUGUGGAGUGUCGGAGCGUAUGCUGAGGAAACCCUUCCAAUCGCACUACUCAAUGGACGCCAAUGGUCAGAAACGUGUCGCAAAUUUGAGUGAAUGGCCGACGAAUAAACUUUUGCAAUUUCUCUCGAAUCUACAGUUACUUUUUGACAUAUACCUAAAACAGAAUUCCAAGGGCUUUAUAUGCGCCCGGAUUAUGGACGUUUGCGAUGCUCUCAUACGCAACGACCACAAUCUCAUCGAUGAGAUCAUUGUAUUGGCGGGCUACAACAAUAUGUAUGUACAGUUUCUGGCUGGCCGUGUUCUGGCCUCAUUUCUGGUUAUAGCCAAACAGGAAAUGGAUGAUGAUUGGCUGAAGAAAUUGGUGGACAAUCUAUUCAACUUUGAUCGGCUUGAUCAUGUUGCCGUACAAAAAAUGCACUUCAGUUUGGAGAUAAUAAAACGGAUUGUUGAAUGGAAGGACAUCGAUUUGCAUCCACUGGAAGAAGAAAUUGCCGAAACGCAUAGUGUAGCCGAGCCAACAGCAUCGACGUCUAUGGGUGAGAGUAGACACGGCUACCUACAUUUUCAAACACAACAAACAUCAUUGGAGAGCAAUUAUUUUGCAAUGCAUUAUAGUUCGACGGAGAAUAUUGACGAUGCGGCGACUAACACAAAUGCGGGUGCUCCCAUCAGCAAUCACCUCCACCCACAUCAUUUCAAUGGUUUAAUUAAUCAUCACCACACAGCAGCCGCCACACUGGGUCAAAGUUGUCAUUUGGUUACCCUAACGGACUCGGAAAGUUUUGAUACCACCCAUCUCAAAUGCAUUACCAUAAAAAUACUCGAAAACAAAUGGCCGGCAUUGGUUAAGAAUAUGUCGGCCCUGAUAGCAAAUCAUUUGGACGUUGAAAACGCCGAGAACUGUAUUUUGAAUUUCCUUCAGUUGUGGGAGAACAUCAUAUCCGUAAAGGCCAAUCUCUCCAUAGUUGAGACUUUGCCAUUCUAUGCACAGUUGGACAAAUUCGAACUGCUGCUCAAUCAGAACCUGUCCUGCACGGUGUACAAACAAAUGUUGUGUCUGUUCAAUGAGGCCUUGUGUUAUGGCUCCACAUUGGCGUUGCAGGAUAUGUUGCCCGACGAAACAUGUAUGUUGGCCCAUCAGAUUGUACGACAUGUGAAGGAUUUUCGUAUAUUAGAAUCUCUACCUCGUCGACAGCCGGAGAAUAUUGUGGGCUUCAUUGGUUUCAAACGGAAACCAGUGGCCUAUGCGCCACAGUCACUUCAGCAUCAUCCCUAUGGCCAUGAUGAUGAUGUCAACUCAAGUGCUUUGAAUGCGGCCGAAGUUAUUGAAAUGGACAAAACGAUUUUGCAGAAAAUCGUAUUGCUCGUCCUCAAGUCAAUAGCUGUUACCGUCAAGGAAAUACGUAGCGAUUCGUCCGACUCAUCGAUCGAUUCCACCGAUUAUGAUGCCUUUCAGGAUAUGGUUCUAAUUGAACGCUCCAUACGCGAUGUACUGCGCAAGUUGGAAUCAUUUAUCAAACACACACUGGAAUUCCAUCCCGAAUGUCAUUUUAGUAAAAUUCUAAUACAUCUGUUCGAUGAUCAGGACGAUCAUCUGAUCGAGGCCAUGGUGUGUACGCUGGACGUCACGGCUGGCAUAUCGUUUCGUAACAAUGCAUUUCCCGAAUUGGUGUCAAUGUUAAAUCCCGUCUAUACAUUCCUAGAGUUCCUCAAAAUGAUAUCGAACAGCUCGGAUUUGCUGCUCGAUUUGUUGGUCAGCAACGAGACCUGUUUCCUGCUCUAUUUGUUGCGAUUCCUGAAAUACAUACGAAUGAAUUGGUCUAUGUUUGUGCAAAGUUGCCAUGACUUUGGCAUGGGUGCUAGCAUCUUGGAUGAGGCGAUGAGUGUUCUGAUACGAUUAAGAUUACAAAUAUCGCGGCUAGUGUCCAGACAAUUGUAUCCGUAUGAUAUAUCGCCGGUACUGCGUCUUUUGGAAAGUUGUGAAAGUCUUUAUGAGGGCAAUGAAUUGAGUUAG